AUAGGACUGUGGAGUGAAUGAUUAAACUUUAAUUAUUUCAAAUAUAAUUAUAAAAAAAGGAAAACUUGGCACACGACCGCUGCGUAAUGCGCGCUCCAAAAGCUGACGCGCCUCAUACAACUUCACUCACGAUCUAACGUCAACUUUCCCUUUCCUGAAAUUUCGUGCCCGGUCUGCACAAACACCGCUUUCUUCCGUUUUCCAUGUCAUUUCCUGUAAUAAAAAGAUGGUGGUCAUAGCAGAGAGAAGCAGCUGACUGUGGUCCAAACAUUUGGAGAUGAUAAACUUUGCAUCGCCCGGGACUACUGAAAUCCCCCCGUUCCGUUGCGUCACCACCGCGUUUCUCCGAGCGGCCGAGGGCGAGGCGCGCCACGGCUGAAGGAGACCACCAAAGACCCCGCGACGCACUGCGUAUAUUCUAUAGACGUUUUAAUAUGUCGAAGUGAAGCGAGGCACACAGGAGUCUCUCCUUCCUGCCCAGAUGGCAGAUGCCUGCGCUGUUCCAGAGCAUUCCUCCAUGGAAGUUGAGGCCGAAUGCAGCACCAGUGCCUCAAACAAGAAGUCAAUUGAAGAGCCAAACAAAAAAUUAAAAGUUGACCAUGAGCAUUCAGCCAGUUUUUGGUUCUGUGAAGAGUGCAAGAAGUAUUUCUUGGAGGAGUGCCCUACCCACGGGCCCCCUGUUUUUGUGCCAGACACCCCUGUGGCAUCAGGGGUGCCCAAUCGGGCAGCUCUCACUGUACCCUCAGGCAUUGAGAUCCACCGAGAUGGUGAUAAGGUGGAUGUCUGCUGCAUGGAUGAAAACAUACCAAAGGGGGCGCUGUUUGGUCCUUAUCAAGGCCAAAUAAUGGCUUCGGAUAAACCCUCAGGGCCAUACUCUUGGAUGAUUGUUGAUAAAGACAGCAAAUAUAAAUUCAUUGAUGGCAGUGAUGAAACUACAUCUAACUGGAUGAGGUUCAUUAUGAUUUCUUCUGAUGAGAGUAAAAAGAACCUGAGUGCAUUUCAGCAUGACGAAAAAAUCUACUUCCGAGUUUGUCAGAGACUGACAGUGGGCGAGAAACUCUGUGUGUGGUACAGCAGCGAGUACUUGAGGCGACUGCAGAGUGUGUCUCGGGACAGUAUUGACCGCAACCUGGACACAGGAGUGAAAUUAGAAGAACAAGAGGAGCCUAAAGGUCCAGUGUUGAGAUCGGCAGUGCACGGUAGACGGACACUAAGUAAGCAUGGAAAUGAUGAGGCAGAAAACCAGCCCCUGGCCAAGAAAAAGAAGAUUGACCUCAUUUUCAAAGAUGUCCUGGAAGCAUCUCUGGAGGCUAAUCAAAGUCAGAACAACCCCCUGAACAGCACCUUGUCUUUUCAAAGAGCAAGAACAAAUGUCUGCCCGGUUUUCAGCCAGCCUGAUGCAGAGUGUAAAGAGUCUGUAUUCGCCUCUGGAUUGGCAUCUAUGGAACACCAUGAGAGUGGGUUUGAUGCAAAAUGCAUUAAAACGGAAGAAACAGAAGAAGAGGCAACUCUGAGCAGCGAAGGACCAUCAACAUCUUUUUGCCCAAACUGUGUGAGGUUAAAACGACGGAUCCGUGAGCUGGAGGCAGAACUGCUCCGUCUCAGAGGACAGGGGCAUGCUGAAAUUAAGCCUUUGCCACCAUCUGAUCCACUUCCUAGUGAGGACCUCAGAGAUGCCAUGACGCCCAUCCCAGCAGCGCUUGAGGAGGACGAUCAGGAUGUUGAUUCUGCUGAUGAAUCCAUCUCUGCUGACCUCAUGGUAGCUACAGACGAGGCUUCAAAACUCUCGGUGGGCUCAGGUCGUCGGAUUCGUCGCUUUAAACACGAGUGGCUGAAGAAGUUCUGGUUUCUCCGUUAUUCGGCCACACUUAAUGAGAUGUGGUGCCAUGUGUGCCGACAAUACACCGUCCAGUCCUCCCGAACCUCUGCUUUUAUUAUCGGUUCCAAGCAAUUCAAAAUCCACACCAUUAAACUUCACAGCCAGAGCAAUCUACACAAGAAGUGUUUGCAGCUUUACAAACUUCGCAUGCACCCAGAGAAGACCGAGGAGAUGUGUCGUAAUAUGAUGACUCUCUUCAAUGCUGCCUACCACCUAGCUUUGGAAGGAAGGCCAUUUUCUGAUCUGCGACCUUUGGCGGAGCUCCUCAAGAAGUGCGACCUCAAAGUAGUAGAUCAGUACAUGAAUGAAAAUGACUGUCAGAUCCUCAUCCAACACAUUACCCGAGCAUUCAAAGAGGAUUUGGCCGAGAAGAUUCGCCUUUCUCCCUUUCUAAGCAUCAUCAUGGAUGGACAGAACGAUGAACUCUUGGCUGACACUGUUGCCGUUUAUGUCCAGUUCACCACCACUGAUGGACUUCCUGCCACAGAGUUCCUUUCCCUACAAAGGCUUUGCGGAGGCAAUGUGGAAGGCUACCUUCAGGCUGUGGAUCGUGCCUUUGGUGUCCUUGGUCUAAGACUCCAGGACAUGCUGGUUGUUGGCUUGGGAAUAGAUGGCUCAAACCUCUCUUCUAGUCUGAGGGCAAAAAUUUACAUAGCCAUACGAAAGACAAUUCCUUGGGUGUUGUGUCUACCUGUAAUGAUCCAUCGUCCCCAUUUAGAGGUUCUGGAUGCCAUCAGCGGCAAGGAGCUUUCGUGCUUGGAGGAUUUGGAAAACAACUUGAAGCAACUGCUUAGCUUCUACCGGUAUUCUCCACGUAUGAUGGCUGAGUUGAGAUCGACAGCACCAACUUUGUCUGAGGAAACUGAAUUUCUUGGGGAUAUAAGGGCCGUCCGUUGGAUCAUAGGGGAACCCAAUGUUCUCAAUGCCCUAAUCAAGGACUAUCUGGAGGUGGUUGCUCACUUGAAGGGCAUAAGCAGCCAAACCCAGAGAGGCGAUGCUGCUGCCAUUGCUCUGUCUCUCCUACAGUUCCUGUUGGAUUAUCAGUCGGUGAAGCUGAUCUACUUUCUGUUGGACAUCAUUGCUGUUUUUUCACGACUUGCUUUCAUCUUUCAGGGGGACUAUCUGUUGCCAUCACAAGUGGACUCAAAAAUUGAGGAUGCUAUUAAUGAAAUUGGUCAAUUGGUGGACUCCCCAGGGGAGUACCUACAGGAGUUUGAGGACAACUUUCGAGAGAGUUUCAAUGGCGUGGACCUCAAGAACUUGCGUGUUGCAGAGUCCAAGUUUCAGUCCAUUCGAGAGAAGAUCUGUCAGCGAAGUCAAGGCAUCCUGGCCCAACGUUUUGAUCCACGUAGUCGCACAGUGGUCCAGGCCUGUAAGAUCCUUGACCUGACCUCGUGGCCUCUCAACAGAGAUGAUCUUAGCGCAUAUGGAGAAGAGGAGAUCCUUGUAAUUUCGGACCACCUGAAGACUAUUCCGUCAUCUGGCCGCGAACUCUCUCAAGAAAGAAUAGAUGCCCGAGGAAGCCUUGUAGUUGAAUGGAGGGAUCUAAAAGCUGAUUAUUGUAGUGUGAAUGGUUUUAAAGAAGUAGUCAGUCACAUCUUCAGAUACAAGCAACGUUUUCCUCUUCUCAAUCACAUCCUGCAGAUUGUCAGGGUCUUGCCAACGUCAUCAACAUGCUGCGACAAAGGAAGAUGCUCGUUGCAAAAAGUGCGCAGAAACAGCCGUUCCAGGCUGACUCUGGAGCAGAUCAACGAUCUGCUCACCUUGGCCGUUAACGGACCACCUAUUGGCAGCUUUGACGGAAAGCGAGCUUUGGACAGCUGGUUUGAAGAGAAAUCCGGGAACAGCUAUUCGCUCUCACCAGAAAUGCUGAGCAGAAUGUCCACCACCGAACAAAAGUCUGUGUUGCACAAUAUGGAUAUGAAUGCAGAGUAUUAUCCAGAUAUUUGACUGAUCAGCGCCAUUUGACUGAUCAGCCAACAUGAUUCCAAAAAGCCAUCUCGUUGGAAAAGGGCUGAUCGGGACUAUAAUGUGAUUGGCCAAGUAGUUUGACACUGGCCCUGCUGCUAAAAUGGCCUAGAUCAGCGUCUUCUCUAAGAGUCGGUAUGAAUGCCUUUGCAGGUCGCAGGCACAUGAAACACUUUAAAAUGUUCCUGUAAAUGGUUGUGAUGUGUUGAUAUGUGUUUUUGUCCAAAGAUAUACUAUUUUCAAAUCAUGAGGAUUGUUGCCUUUAGGUGAAUUUUCAACUGAGCACCAUUUCAUCAGGCAUUGGCGAGUGAAGCCUCAUACUGUCUUUUUUAAUCUCUUAAAAUGUCAAAUUUCAAAAACAGAUUCAGCUAUACGUUCUGGAAAAACAGUUUUAUUAUUAGAUCUGCAAUAUGAUUUGAGCAAUCAUUCUGUAUUUGUAUGUAGAUUUGUGUGUAUGGAAAUUAUAUAACAAAAAGUGCUUCAUUUUUAUAGCAUGUUCUUAUGCUGGUUACCGCUGAUUGGAAUGGAAAUAGCCACUAUUUUACCAUGCAGUAUAUUCCUAACGUUAUAUUUUUUAGAUACUCUUUAGUUAACCAUUACUCUUAAGAUUACAUAUAAAUCUUGGUUUGAUAACAUGUUGAUGUGCCAUAAUACUUUAUGCAAUCGGGCACCUGUAAUGUGCAGUUUACACCCAAUCUGAUUAAAAGAUUUCCAAUAUAACGCCUAAAUAUGCAGGGUUUGAAUGCCUUACCAAUAGAAAAAAAGUUUUUCGGUUCUUUUCGCAUGUGCUGGUGCUUGAUUUCUGGUACAUGUUUAUAUGUACUGCUAUCAGCAGCCAUGUCAGACCCCCAUUAUGAGCCAGUUCAAAUAGUAUCAUAGUUAAAUGUUCAUGUUUGAAGUGAUUUUACUCUGAUAAAGCAACACAUAUAUGUUUACUGUUAAAUGCUGUAAAAGGCAGUUUAAAUAGUCAAAUGUUUACUAAAAAUUUUAAAUGAUGAACAGAAAAUGCUUCAGUAAUAAUACCCCAAAAUGGCAUCACUCUGUUUCAGCAAUACUUUUCAUCCAGUGCAAAUGCUUGUGCAUGACGUCACCACUAGUAGGCGACACUGUACGACAGUUUACCUUUGGAUGAAUUAUAGCACUAUUUAAAUCAAAGUCAUACACGAAAAAAGCUUUUAUAUUUUUGAUUGUGUUAUUAUGUGCAUUCAUGUAUUCUAGCAGUGCAUGUGUUAUGGUUAGUACCAUAUAUUUUUCCAUAUAUUUUUCACUUGUUAUUUUUGCCUUACCUUGCUACUAAAUUCCAUCAAUGAUACGUGCAAUAUAUAUUCUACACUUAAAUUUUACAUUUUUAAAUACAAGCAAGUCUAAUACUUAAUAAUGAUGUUCCUUGACGCAAAACUGUGUAAUUUAGAGGUUUCCAAUAUGACUGGGCAUGUUUUAGAAGAUUGGUAUAGAUUUACCCUUUUUAUCUCUUUCUUAAUUUUGUUCUAAAAAUGUCCAUAUUUUUCAGUCAUAACUCCUUUUAAAAAUAAUCAAAAAGGAGUCACCAGUAGAGAUUUGUUGAUAAUUAUAAGGCAUUUAUAAUAGUAAUAUUUUCAAUGUUGCAGUUGAAAUUUAACGUAAAUUUUAUUCAUACAGCUGUUAAAGCAUCAUUAUUAUCAGUUUAGAAAAUAUUGUAAUCAGUGGUAUAUCUCAAUUUAUCAAUUUUAGGUGCAGUAAUAUUGAAAAGUAUUGAUUGUUCUCACUGUAUACAUCUUCAAAAUCACAAAAGAUCAGUUAAAUGCAGUUUUCUGUGGUUACGUUAACUUUAAACUUUCCAUGUGUACAGUUAAGGCCUUCAUUGUGCUGCAAGGUUUUACAUUAAUCAAACUGAAAUGGCUUGUCUUUAUUUUAAAAUAUGGAUUAAGAUUUUGCACGUCUGAAAAUUUAGCAUGUUUAAAGCUUCAGAAUGCUUGUACUUUAUGGAAAUAAUUAUUUCAAUAAAUUCUUUUUUAUUCUGUUUUAACAAAUGUAAAGAGAAAUUUCAAAAACAGUGUUCUACGCAAAAGAUUAUUCUCAUGUAAUUGGUCGAGCUAUUAUGUUUCAAAGUAGAUAGCUGUGUUUAUGCGUCAUAGCAUACCCACAUCUGAACUCAUUUGCAGUAGCAAUUGUGUUAAGGAUUAAUAAGUAAGCUACCAAAAAUCCAAUCUUUUCUUAUAUGUAUGUAUGUGAAUGCUUUUGAAUGUUAGACUGUUACCUCAAAGUGAGGUAUGUCAUCGAGUGAGUCUUCUCACAUUGUGCUGGGAGGUAUACGCCGCAGCUAUGUCAAAGAAAACAUUUGCUCAUCUUCUAUGCUGAAUUCUCAUAAAAUUGAGCCAAAGUCAAGCCUGAUUUUGUUUAGUUAGGGCUUUUUUAUGUACUUUCCUUUAAUCAAAUACUAUGUGUACCAAAUGUAAAUGUUAUGCUUGUCAUGCAAACACAAUAAUGUGCAUUCUCCUUAUGAAUUAUUAUAAAAUGUUUUUUUUUCUUCUUUUUUUUAUCUGGGAGACACCAGGUCUAAGGCCUAAGGAACAAAGUUACUUCUGAUUUCAGUUUAUUUUCAAACAAAGCAAGUGAAUGGUAGCUCUAUAUUUUCAUUCAGUUUCUUCUUGAAGACAAAUGUCAUUUGCGUGCUUGGAUUCAUACACCCCUUUCAUCCUGAAAACAUAACACUGGAAACUCAAGAAUAUGAACUACAUGUGAAAUGUAUACCCGGAGAAUGUGUACAUGUAUUAUAGAAACCCACUUAAAAUGAUAGCAUAUGGAAUCUAUAUUCAACAAAUAAUGGUUUAAUAAAGUUUUUUAUGUUA